AUGGCAAGACGUGAGAAAAUGACAAAACACAUUUGGACAAAGGUUGAAGAUGCACGAUUAGUGGAGUCACUAUUGCAAUUGGUAGAAACAGGUUGGCAAGCUGAUAAAGAAACAUUCAAGCCUGGCUAUCUACAACAGCUACAAUGUCUAUUUACAGAAAAAAUUCCUAGUUGUUCCAUCAGGCUGUCAACAAUAGAGUGCAAGGUUAGAUUUUUAAAGCGACAAUAUUGUGCAAUCGUUGAGAUGCUGAGUAAUGCAUGCAAUGGAUUUGGUUGGAACGACGAGUUCAAAUGUGUGCAGGUAGAGAAAGAGGUUUUCGAUGUAUGGGUUUGGUCCCAUCCCAACGUGAAGGGUUUGAGACACAAACCAUUCCCCCACUGUGAUGAGCUUUCAAUCGUAUUUGGGAAAGAUAGGGCCACUAGUGAAGGCAGUAAAACCCCGUUCGAUCAAGCAUCUGCAACAGAUGAACAUUUGGAGGAUAUUCGAUUGAAAUCACAGGUUAAUGAGCAAUAA